AGCUGCAGGCUUCGAAAGGGAAACCUCGUCGGUUCCAAUCCAAAUCCGUUUUCGAGUACCAUCCGGACACCUCGAAUAUGGCUCCGGUUGGGGACAAAAAGGCCAAGAAGGGCAUCCUGGAACGGUUAAACUCUGGAGAGGUUGUGAUUGGAGACGGAGGGUUUGUCUUUGCUCUGGAGAAGAGGGGCUAUGUGAAAGCCGGGCCCUGGACCCCAGAAGCUGCCGUGGAACACCCAGAAGCAGUUCGCCAGCUUCAUCGGGAGUUCCUCAGAGCCGGAUCGAAUGUCAUGCAGACCUUCACCUUCUAUGCCAGUGAGGACAAGCUGGAGAACAGGGGAAACUACGUUGCAGAGAAAAUAUCCGGGCAGAAAGUCAAUGAAGCUGCUUGUGACAUUGCCCGGCAAGUGGCUGAUGAGGGAGAUGCUUUGGUGGCAGGAGGUGUGAGCCAGACACCUUCGUACCUCAGCUGCAAGAGCGAAACGGAAGUCAAAAAAGUGUUUCGGCAGCAGUUAGAGGUCUUUAUGAAGAAGAACGUUGACUUCUUGAUUGCAGAGUAUUUUGAACAUGUUGAAGAGGCUGUGUGGGCAGUUGAAGCCUUGAAAGCAUCUGGGAAGCCUGUGGCAGCGACCAUGUGCAUCGGCCCAGAGGGAGACCUGCACGGCGUGACCCCAGGCCAGUGUGCAGUGCGUCUGGUAAAGGCAGGAGCAUCCAUUGUUGGCGUGAAUUGCCAUUUUGACCCCACAAUUAGUUUGCAAACAGUGAAGCUCAUGAAAGAAGGCUUGCAGGCCGCUGGAUUGAAAGCCCACCUGAUGAGUCAGCCCUUGGCCUACCACACUCCGGACUGCGGCAAGCAGGGGUUCAUCGACCUGCCAGAAUUCCCCUUUGGACUGGAGCCCAGAGUUGCAACCAGAUGGGAUAUUCAAAAAUACGCCAGAGAGGCCUACAACCUGGGGGUCAGGUACAUAGGCGGGUGCUGUGGAUUUGAGCCCUACCACAUCAGGGCCAUUGCAGAGGAGCUGGCCCCAGAAAGGGGAUUUUUGCCUCCAGCUUCAGAGAAACAUGGCAGCUGGGGAAGUGCUUUGGACAUGCACACCAAGCCCUGGGUUAGAGCCAGGGCCAGGAAGGAAUACUGGGAGAAUCUUCGGAUAGCCUCCGGCAGGCCAUACAACCCUUCCAUGUCAAAGCCGGAUGCCUGGGGAGUGACCAAAGGCACAGCUGAGCUGAUGCAGCAGAAAGAAGCUACUACGGAGCAGCAGCUGAGAGAGCUCUUUGAAAAACAGAAAUUCCCAUCUGCCCAGUAGCCUCAGCCAAGCCCGUUUUUAGUGACUUCCCCUAUGUUCAGACCACAGUUCCAAAAAAUAAAGAUGGUUUAAAGGCAAUGCUUAUGGGAAUGCCAGCCUAUGCAUAAGAUUCAUACAAGCGGCACACAACAGUCACAAAUUACACCUGACAGUGUUUUAAAGUAUAAAUGUCGAAUGUGGAGGCAAAAUAAGUGAGAAGCAAAUCUUAAACAGGUUUACUAAGCACCCAGCAUGUACACGGCAUUAAGGAAGUCACUGUGGCCAAGGAAAAAUAAUUUAGACAUUAGUCCCUCUUCUAGACGUUUGCAGACUUCAAAGGGCGAUGAGAAGUGAGGUGUCUUGAAUGGUUCAGCAACCACACAGCCACAGACAAAGGGCUAUAUAGGAAAGUGACUUCCAAGAUCGUUUGACCAUGACCCCUUCAUAAGAAACUCAAUUUAUAUAAUGACCCAGUAAAACACACAUUGAAGUAAAAUGUGAUCCAUGCAGGUAUUUUCUAUUUCCAUUCCAUUCCUAUUUCACUAAUAAAAUUAUGCUGGUAGAGGCCCUUCUAGUUGAUUUUGUGACCCAUUAGUGGGUUCUGACCCACAGAUUGAAAAACACUGCUAUGGGGACACUUCAGAUAUGGGGACUUUUCUAUUUCUUUAAGUUUCUUCUUAGAAAAUCAGUCCUAUGGGAUCUGAUCGGUAAGCAUCCAGAGCUCAGAGUCCUGCUCUCAGAGUUAAAGAGUUGUCCCCUCCCUUUCCUGACCCAUCUGUACUACGAAGAAGCAUUCAGACCAAUGGGGAGGCCAAGAAGGGACAGUGCCUAGGUUCUCUCUGUCCUGCUCCAGGAUGGAUCCACCUCAAUGCCUCCAAUCAGUUAAGACUGGGGAGCAGUGGGCUUGCGUCACUUUGGUAGCUUUUUUAAAAAGAAUAAUAACGAAAAAGAGAUACUCAAAAGCCCAUCUGGGUUUCCAAGAUCAAGAACUACAUUUUAACCUGAAAGUUCAAGCCUGGGUUAUGUAUGACCAUUAGAAUAAACAUGGCUACUCAGUGUACUAGGAAAGAGUUCAUGUGCCUUUCCAAACAUUCUUGGGUUGGUGUAGCUGUUUUGAAAUUAUAAUUUCUUGAGCUAUUAAAAAAGAGCAGUGAGAC